AUGAAAGCCAAGCCUCAAGAGAGAGAAUCUCAAGAAAUCGGGUCGUGUUUGUUUCACUUUAUAAAGAACUUGCCAGAACAUAUCACCAAAAUUGUGGCGUACAGUGACGCAUGCGGCAGUCAAAAUAAAAAUAAGAAUAUUUCAAAAUUGUUUAUGCACAUAGUGCAUACAACACAUAUUGAACGUAUUGACCAUACAUUUUGUGAAUCCGGACAUUCUUACAUGGAAUGCGAUAGAAGUUUCGCUCUAAUUAAAAAAGUACAUAAAAUGGAUGAUUUUCUGUCUUUUAAAAGCUUGAAUGAGUUUGUCAAAGACCCCAAGAAAGACACCGAAAAUCAGGUAAUUAAGUGGAGACAGACAAAGUGGUUUUCAUACAGAAAAAAUACAACAUACCAGUUUUUCUUUAAAUCUACCCUUCAAGAGGAGUUUCCUUUUUUUACAUCAGAAAAGUGUACCAAACAUGUUGGGCGUCCUUCUCGUAAUAUUACAUUGGAACCACGCAACAAGCAGUUUUGUAAAAUAAAGUACCAAAAGUGGGAAAAUUUGCAACAACUCUUGGAUUUUAUUCCUCCUAUCUUUCAUGAAUUUUAUACAGGAUUGCCACAUGAAGAGAAAGUUGGCCGAAAUAAAAAAAUCCAAAUCGCUCCCUCUCCCUCUGCUUCUACUUCCCUGGCAACGCCUGAAAAACAAGAAGAUGAUGGUUUAGUAUCCGACUAUGAUUAA